CUCUGUGGAUUGGGGGCUACAAAAGGCCACCCAAAUAGUGGCCAUUGUUCACCGGCCCUGUUGUCUGCCUGACCUCCUGCCUGUCUCAGCCAUGGCCCCUAAGAAAGCCAAGAAGAGGUCAGCCGAUGGAGCCAACUCCAAUGUGUUCUCCAUGUUUGAGCAGGCCCAGAUCCAGGAGUUUAAGGAGGCCUUCACUAUAAUGGACCAGAACAGAGAUGGAUUCAUAGACAAGAACGACCUGAGGGACACCUUUGCGGCUCUGGGUCGUCUCAACGUGAAGCAGGAGGAGAUCGAUGAGAUGCUGAAAGAGGCUCCCGGUCCAAUCAAUUUCACCGUCUUCCUCACCAUGUUCGGGGAGAAGCUCAAAGGUGCGGACCCAGAGGAGACCAUUCUUAACGCGUUCAAAGUCUUCGACCCCGAGGCGACAGGAGUGCUGAGGAAGGACAAUUUGACACAGAUGCUGACAACGCAAGCGGACAGGUUCACCCCCGAGGAGAUGGAGCAGAUGUUCGCCGCCUUCCCCCCAGAUGUGGCCGGGAACCUGGACUACAAAAACCUGGUUCAUGUCAUCACCCAUGGCGAGGAGAAGGACCAGGACUAGCCCCCACUUAGCCCGCUUCCCCAGUAUCUUGACAUAGUCUAGUUGAAGAGUGUCCAACCCACCAGUGUCCAACCCACCUCUUGGGCCUUAUCCCCCUGGCGGCCAUCUUGGUUCAAUCUUGAUUCUACGCACCAGCAGGGUGAUGGGACCCCAUUCAGGUCCAUCACCCAGCCGGUGUGUAGAACCAAGAUGGCCGCCAGGUGAAUAAUGCCAAUUGGCCCUAUGGAUGGCAGAGCAGCUCAGAGUCCCCUCGCUGUUAAUGGAGGAAUGGACUGGGAGUUUAAUCUGCUCGUCAAAUCUUGGUUCUGUCAACGGUCCAAUCUGUUGCUCAUGUCUUUACACGCUCACUCACUCCAGAGAUCCACACCACUCUGCCAACUAAAGAGGAGAACAGACUAUAAUAAAUGGUGCUGUCUAAAAAGAUUGGGCUGUUGAAUCCAUCACAAAAAGAUAUUGAAAUAUAAUGAUCCAUCCUUUUUGCUAAUGCCUGUUGUCGUCUCAAUCUUCAAGUGUUUCUGUGUGUCUGCCUUCUCCCUGUGUUCGGAAAUGAAAUCCUCUGUCUGUCUGUGAAGAACAAUUAGCCUUUUCCUAGAAUAAUUCCAUGUUUUUGUCUGUGCUUGUUUCCCCAAAUAAAAUAAAAACAUGUAAAG